CUGUGCUACAGGAAGACAUGUGUGCUUUCCAGUUUGCAGUAAACUUCUAAGUGAGACAGAACAGUCACUGAAAAGUAUCUAACCAUGACUUCCAUCAAUAUUGAGUGUGUUGUGAAAGAGCGCUACAGGAUUGGAGAAUCUCCAGUGUGGGAAGAAAAGGAAGGUGUGCUGGUAUAUGUGGACAUCACAGGACAAAAAGUUUGUAGAUGGAACCCCACAACUAACCAAAUCCAGAGUAUAUCCUUAGAUGCUCCUGUUGGCUCUGUUGGACUCAGGAAGGGAGGAGGUUAUGUUGUUGCCAUGGGUACAACUUUCUGUGCUCUAAACUGGGAAGACAAAAAAGUAACCACCCUGGCUCGUGUUGAUGAGGACAAGCCCAACAACCGCUUUAAUGAUGGCAAGGUUGAUCCAAAAGGACGAUUCUUUGCAGGUACCAUGUCCCAGGAAAUCCGCCCAGCAGUCGUGGAGAGGAACCAGGGCUCACUAUACACUCUCUAUCCUGACCAUACAGUGCUCAAGCACUUCGACCUAGUGGACAUUUCCAAUGGUAUAGAUUGGUCCUUAGAUCACAAAACCCUCUAUUACAUAGACAGCCUCUCCUAUACUGUUGAUGCAUUGGACUAUGAUGUGAAUACAGGAAAAACCUCAAACCGCCGACACCUCUAUCGAUUAGAAAAGGAUGAAGGGAUACCAGAUGGGAUGUGCAUCGAUGCCGAAGGAAAACUUUGGGUAGCCUGUUAUAGUGGAGGAAGGGUGAUCCGUAUCGACCCUCAGACAGGAAAGCGAAUUCAAACUGUGAAACUACCAGUGGACAAAACCACAUCCUGCUGCUUUGGAGGAGAGAAUUACUCGGAAAUGUAUGUGACCUCAGCCUGUGAUGGGAUGGAUGAGGAAUUAAGCAAACGCCAGCCCCAGUCAGGAGGCAUAUAUAAGAUUACUGGCCUUGGAGUUAAAGGAAUACCACCCAAUGAAUUUGCAGGAUAAACAAGAAAAUAGCUGUUUUUAACAAGAAACAAACAAAAUUUCAAAAGGGCCUGGAUUUUAUAUUACAUAUAUUUUUUUUACUCCUCACCAUUGAUUCUGAUUUAUCAUCUCAUGUGAUGCCUGCAAACUUAUA